CACGCUUUCCAGGAUCUCUCAGCAGCCAACCCAGCUUCUCCUGCCCUCGCAACCAUGCGCGCUGCUGCCCAGACUACCGGUGCUCUUGCGCUGCUGUUUCUGCUGCUGUUCAGCAUUUCGAUUCAAGCAUCUGAUCCCCCAACUUCCUGCUGCUUCAGCUACACAAAAAGGAAGAUUCCACGUAAUCUUGUGGUCAAUUAUUAUGAAACAAGUAGCAAAUGCUCUCAGCCAGCUGUCGUGCUCAUCACAAAGAAAAAACUACAGAUUUGUGCUGAUCCCGCUGAGAAGUGGGUCCAAGAUUGUAUGAAUAACUUCAAAGCGAACCGAACAGCGCAUGGAACUGAGGCAUAUGCAGCAGAAAUGAAAGCCUAAGGGCAUAACACGAUUGCAUAAAUUAUUGUCUAAUCAAGGUGCAACUGCAGUUAAAUCUCAGGGAUUUAUUUUAAAAUAUUUAAAGUAUAUUUAAAGUGUUCAGGGAAUGAAUUUUCACUCCUAGUAAUUAUUUUAUUUAUGUAACAGAUGGAACCCAA